ACUACUCGUUAGCGCAAGGGUACGUUACGGUACGGGUCUAUAUUAGACAGCUAGCGUGCAGGCUCUGCUACGGGGCACAACGACGCGGCCCGUCGAAGAUCGAAGAUGGCGCACGAGAACAGUCCUCUCGUCAAUUCCGAUGUGCCCCAGGAGUUGCAGGACAUCAAGCUUGUUGUACAGAGUGGCAACGAGACCAUCCAGAUCCUUGUCAAAGGGCACGUGAUUAUUGGAAGCAGCCCUCAAAACAGCGGCGGCGGCGGCGACGCGGCAGGACAAGGCACGGCCACGGUCGGGCAGCAGCAGGCCGACGACGAUCCCCUGCAGGACAUGCGCGGGUGGCUGAUGGCAGCGGCCACCCUCUUCCUCGGCAUGGCGUACCAGGCGGCGACCAAGCCGCCGCCCUGGAUGCCCAGCGCCAAGGACGCCUUCGACGUGCAGUGGCCUUCUUCGGCAAGGACGGCGGCGGCCCAGCAGCUGGUUCCUCCGUCACCAAGAAACUAGCUCUGAGGGCGCUGGCGCACCUGGUGCUCAACACGAUGGCUUCCGCGAUAUCACUGGAG